CAGGUGGUACACAUUCUCAGUUCUCUCACUUCCAUCCAUAAAUUAUUUCCCACACCUCAAUGCAAAUUCGAUGGGUCGGAUUUUUUUGAUGGGACGGUGCUCGAAAUCUGGCUAAAAAUAGCGGCGAGUUGGGAAGAUCGCCGUGAUUUGGACCCACCUCGAUGCAUCCUAGUAGUACCUACGAAAAUGCACCAAAUAGUACAACUCCUCCUCAUAGUCGGCCUCUUCCACUACGGAAGAUCCGCAGACCUCCUCGGCGACGACGUCCGCGAAGACCUCUUCAACAUCUACACCGGUGCCGCCCUAGUGGAACGCGGAGUGACCCGCGAACCCGUCAAACCAGAAAACAUCAACCUCUACUUGUACACCAAAGACAACCAAGCCAAAGACAGCUACAUCCCCAUCGAUCUCAACAACCCAGCCCCUUUGAACAACCCCAAGGCCAAAAUCGUCUUCAUCAUCCACGGCUGGCUCGAACACAAAGACGUGUCGUGGUACGAGGACUUGAAGAACGCGUUCUUGAAGAGGGAUAGCUCGUACUACGUGGUACAAGUGGACUGGAAUCAGUACUCGCACUUGGGGUAUUUGUUGUCGUCGUACACCACCGUAGAUAUCGGCAGGAUCGUGGGUGAGCUCAUCGUCCACCUGAACAAGAACUACAACAUCCCGCUUAAGAACUUCUUGGUGGUUGGACACUCCCUCGGUGGGCAGAUUUCGGGCUUCGUGGCCAAGAAGGUGCAAGAACUCACCGGCCAGAAGCUGCCAAGACUGGUGGCUUUGGACCCAGCGGGACCUUUCUUCACCAAUCGACCGGAAGAAGAGCGCUUGAAUAAGAACGACGCUGACGUGGUGCAAGUUAUUCAUACUAAUGGUGGUACUUUCGGUUUCUUCGAUUCGUGUGGUACUAUUGAUUUUUAUCCUAAUGGUGGGAGUUUCCAGCCGGGGUGUUUGAGGGCGGCGAUCCCGGAUCCGGACGGUUUCCACGAUAUUAUAAUUGCUUGUGAUCAUCAAAGAAGCUGGAAGUACUAUGUUGAAGCGGUGGCUAAUCCGGACCGUUUUAAGGCCAGGAAGUGCGGUAGUUGGGCUAAAUAUGCUACGAAGUAUAUGUGUGACGAUGAAUAUGCGAAUAUGGGGGAUUUGGAGACGAAGCAGAUCGGAGAUUUCUACUUGGAUACCAACAGCAGCCCUCCGUAUGGUGUAGAAAAGGAAGGUUUUUCGAAGCUGAUAAAUAAGUUUUGAGUUUAACUGCUUAUGUCACACAUUACACAUUGAUGGAAAUACCACGCUUUAUAAUAAAUAAAUAGGGUUAUGGGUGA